GGGUCCCUCAGUCGUAGCGCCCACGCUGGACGCACCGCUUUCCCCGUUAAUCUAAAAGCCGACACACACACAUACAGAAAAAUAAAAUUUGAUAAGUCAUCAGUCUAAGCCGGUCAGCCAUUGCAAUCGAGGGCGGAGUGGGGAAUCGGAGUGUGCGAUUGGACGAGCCUGGGUAGUGUGUCCGAUUGUAACAUGGCAACUUCCCUCUGGCCGGGUCUGGCUGCCGUGAGGAAUCUCCUGACACACGUCCAUUCAAGGUUACAGGCAUCAUGCACUAUCGUUCCUCACUCGAACUUUCACUCGAGCCUUGCUCUGCCUGCCAAAAACUGGGAGAGGAAGAACCGGAAAGUCUACCCCCCACAGCUGCCGCACGAGCCUCGCCGGCCAGUGGAGGUUUAUCACUGCAGAAGACAGAUUAAAUAUAGCAAGGACAAGAUGUGGUACCUGGCAAAGAUGAUAAGAGGGAUGACCUUUGACCAGGCUGUUGCCCAACUCCAGUUCAAUGACAAAAAGGGAGCAAAGGUUAUGUUGGAGGUCCUUCUAGAAGCUCAGGAAAUGGCAGUGAGGAACCACAACCUGGAAUAUAGAUCCAACCUCUACGUUGCCGAGUCCUUCUCCAGUAAGGGCCAGUACCUGAAACGUCUGCGUUACCACGGUCGGGGCAUGUUCGGCAUUAUGGACAGGGUCUACUGUCACUACUUUGUGAAGCUGGUGGAAGGCAGCCCCCCGAUCGAGAAGAAGACCACCGGACUGGACCAGGCCAAAGAGUACGUGCAGAGUUUACGCAACAGAACCAUUAUCCACGCCCUGUAGCGGGACCAGCGUAGCUGUGUUUGAGGCAUUGCCUGUAAUCGGUGUGUAUAACUGUUGUAAAUAAAUAGCACGUGUUGUGAGACUGUUCUCCAGUGUUUGACCUUUACA